AUGCAAAUAGAAAGGCCAUCCCUUCUCUUCCUCUGCUUGAGUUUUCUGUUGGUGCAGUCAUGCAUGUUUCAGCUGUCUCAAUCGACUUUCAGUAACUUUACUGAUCGAUUAGCUCUCAUUACCUUCAAAUCCAAUCUCAGUUCUAGUCCAAACCAAACUGUCCUGGCUGCUAACUGGUCCACAGCAACCAACUUCUGCAACUGGAUUGGGGUCUCGUGUAGCCGGCGCAGGCAAAGAGUCACCGCUUUGGACCUUUCCUACAUGGCCUCCAAGGCAGCAUUUCUCCUCACAUUGCUUCAAAAAAUAGAGCUUAGCACGAACCAUCUUGUGGGUGCCAUUCCGUCGACCCUCGGCAAUAUUUCUUCGUUAGAGUACUUGAAUCUGCAAUUCAACAGCCUCACUGGUCCACUUCCUUUUGCCAUCUUUAACAUAUCCUCUCUAACCAAAAUUGGUCUUACAGAAAAUCAAAUUUUGGGAACUCUUCCAAUGGAUCUGUGCAGCCACUGUCCUAAACUUCAAGAACUUAAUCUUACGGACAAUAAAUUCAGCGGUCGGCUCCCUUCACAGAUGAAUUAUUGCACAGAACUUGUAGUCUUGUCGUUAUCAUACAAUAAAUUUGAUGGGACCAUUCCAAAAGGCUAUGGGAGUUUGGAAAAGCUUAAAUAUCUGGUUCGUGGAGGCAACAACUUAACUGGUAAUAUACCUCCUACCAUAAGUAACUUGUCGAGGUUAGUUGAGUUUGGAAUUGAGAUAAACAACAUUAAAGGAAGCAUUCCCAGUGAUUUAUGGCGUCUUCCAAAUCUGUAUAAAUUGAAUUUUGGAUCCAAUGAUCUCAUUGGGGCAAUCCCCCAAAGCCUUUUCAACAGUUCCUCUCUACGACAACUCCUCUUGACCAAUAAUUCCUUUUAUGGAAAUCUUCCAUUUGAUAAUGGCCUUUCUUGCCCUAAUAUUGAAUAUGUGGUUUUUGGUAUGAACCAAUUUAGUGGUCGGAUCCCAUCAUGUCUUUCAAAUUGUUCCAAGCUUUCCAUUGUAGAUUUUCAUACAAACUUACUCUCUGGGCCAAUACCCACAAGUCUUGGACGCUUAAAAAACCUUGAAGAAAUUUAUCUGAAUAACAAUCAGCUAAUAGCAGAGCCAGAAGAUCAAGAGCUUAAUUUUCUUUCAUCAUUAUCUAAUUGCAGAUAUUUGAAAAUGUUGUCCAUAUCAAAGAAUCCCUUGGAUAUUACUCUUCCUCGUUCCAUUGGAAACUUUUCUGAUUACCUUAAGUCCAUUGUUGCAUCUGAAACCCAAAUAAAGGGUCAUAUUCCUAUGGAAAUCGGUUCCUUGAAAGGCUUGAACUGGCUUCAUUUGAGCAGUAACAAUUUGACAGGAAGCAUACCGUCCACGAUUGGGGGAUUGGAGAGUUUGCAAAGAUUGUAUCUUGAUAUUAAUAAGAUUGAAGGAUUCACUCCAGAAGGCGUAUGUCAGUUAAAGAACAUAGGCGAGUUAGAUCUCUCAACAAACAAAAUCUCUGGAUCCAUCCCAAAUUGCAUGUCAAAUCUCAGUCAUUUGCAAUAUCUAAACCUUAGUGUUAAUAGAUUGGAAUCAUCACUACCAUUAAAUUUAUGGAGCCUUGAAUAUCUACGGGUUUGGACCUUUCAUUGA